GACAAUCACUUAUCACUGACUCGAAAUCAAUGCCCUUUUCGUUUCCUGAAUGGUUGGUUUCACUUUCUUCACUUAGAACACUCCCCCCAAAACCCUACAAAUUUUAGAGGAGGAGAGUCGAAGAUAGAAGAAGAAGAAGAAGAAUUAGUCGAUGUAAUGGCAGAAUUAAAGAACGAAGACGAAGAAGUACAGCAGCAGCAGCAGCAGCAACAACAACAUGAUGCACACGGAAUCCCUCCGAAGCGAAAAACGGAACUCACCUUCGUAGACGAACAAGACAUUGACGAUAACGGGAAAAAGCAGAGAUCGGAAAACUCCUCUGCUGACAAAAACUGUUCUGAGACCAAGAUCGAUGAGGAAGACGACGACGAAGAAGAGGACUACGAACAAGAAGACGACGAGGACGAAGAUGAGGACGAUGAGGAUGAGGAUGAAGACUUCGACGAGGAGCAUUCGAACGGGGAAGUAGUAGAGAUUGAUCGUAAGGGCAAAGGUAUUUUGACAGAAGACAAGAAGGGGAAAGGGAAAUUGAUUCAAGAGUCUGACGAUGAUGAUUCGAGUGACGACGACGGUGGUGGUGGUGGUGAAUCUGACGGAAACAGCAGCGAUCUCUCUGAAGAUCCCCUUGCAGAGGUCGAUUUGGACAACAUUCUUCCCUCCAGGACACGCCGCCGCAGCACCGCUUAUCACCCCGGAGUUUGCCUUUCCAAGGAUCCCCGCAAAAAUGCUGAUGCUUAAUUCAAGGAGGUUAGUACAAACUAAGCGGUAACUUGUAUUUUCAUGCUGAGGUAACUUUAGUUUGGUAGAUUCUGCGAAUUGCUUGCUUGUUAUGGGUAUCAGCCAAUGUGGUGGUUUCAUAUGCAAUGCAGAUUGGGCAUUUUGACAAUUUCGUUUAGUGAGUUUCCCUUAUGCGAGGGAAGUUUCUGUUUCAUCCAAUGUCCCCUUCUUCAUAUGCUUAAAUUUGGCUUUCAGCCUGUUCUUUAGUUAGUUUUGGACUAAGCAAUUUGGUUGUUUUUAUCAACUGUGGUAGUCACUCUGAAGACAGUAUGAUGAUGGGUGGAAGGAAGUGUUGUCAACAACACGUGACAUUGUUAUUUAGUAAGAGGAAUUCUGAUUCAAUGUUCAUCCAAA